UCCUAGUGGAGUUUUGCACAACUACAGGGAGCAUUAUUAGUUCCUCAAACAGUCACAGGGAGGAGGGCGUCUCAAGCGUUAAGUUUGUUUUGGUCGAGGUACGAUGGCUUCUGUAGACGGUGUUGCUCCCGAAAAACAACCUGAGGAGUCUUCGGAUGCCGCCCUUUCAUCAGACAACAAUGGAGGGCAAGAUGAGUCCGUGCCGGACUUGUUGGCAAAAGCUCCUGAUUUGGCAGCUGCGAUGGACGAAACAAGCGGGGAACCUCCGAGGAAGAAGCCUGGUGUAGAUUUGCAGUCUUUGCCAACCAGACAGUACCUUGACCAGACAGUUGUGCCUAUUUUACUGCAGGCACUCUCAACCCUUGCCAAAGAGAGGCCGCCAGAUCCAAUCACUUACCUGGCCAAUUACCUUGUAAAAAAUAAGGCAACUUUUGAUCCCAGUAACCAGCUGUGAAGCUUUUUAAUUGGCAACUUUUAUUUAACACAACAUGCAUUUUCUUUUAAUUCACAAAGAGUCUUACACCAUUUUAUGGCAUCUUUCUAAUGUACCAUUUUUCUUAAAAUUUGAAUUGCACUCUAUUUGUUAAACAUAAAUCGCAUGAUAUUAAAUUCGUAUUACUUUCCAAAACGCCACAUAACAAUGCAUUGAAUAUUUUUGUAUGGAAAAAAGGACGUGGAACUAAAAUUUGUCUGUUAACUUAUCAACAUGUUCAAGUGUUGUCUGGCCAUGGUAGUUGUUAAUAUUUGGGUUUAUGUACCAUGGAAAAUACAAAUUUUGCAAUGAUUAAC